AUAGACAUCAUGGUACACAAGGAAGUACAAACGUGGGAAGGUGCAAAAACGGUAGUACAGUCUUGUGACUUUUGUGAAGUAGUUGCUUGGUACUCUUGCUCAAAUCUUUGUGUCUCCUACUCUCCUAUAUAUGAAGCAUGACAUAUAGUUGAAACACAUAACAUACGUUGGUGUUGGUUUAUAAACCAGAAGAGGUGAAUUCGGAGGGGACUUUGGCGCCUAGGAUCGGUGUAGUCUAUGUCUGAGGCGGUCACGACGACGAUGAUUCAUCGUCGUGCUUAGGCACCAAAGUCACCACCAUAUUCAGUACUACUCUUUUUUCAGGAUUUUUUUUUCCCCGCUCUUACAGUGGGUCGUCAGCAGGUAACAUCCUCGGAUCCCUCUGCUACUUCAAACCAUGUACCACUUUUCUCGAAUAGAAAGCCGAGCAUCCCAGCUGUCAGAACAUCGGUCGAUAUAGUAGCCAAAUUUCGUUCCCACGGUGAGUAUUAGAAUUGUGUUUUACUCGAUACAUGUGAAUAAGGUUUCUCUUUUGCUUUGAUUCUUGCCACAGAAUUUCGAUCAUGAGACCUCUGCUUCUUGAACGGGGAAACUAUUCCGUUUUGAGUAAGCAUCGACAUGUUUCCUCUUGCCUGUACAUAUGGUUGACAAAAUCCAUUAAAGAGCUUACCUAAUCUGAUCUUCGAGAUCACAUAAGAUAUGGGAUGAAGAAAUUAUUAAUAAAGGAAAAGGGCAUCUGAUCCGCUGUCCAUGUGAUGAUGCAACUUGAAGAGUGGGAUUCAUAAUUAUGACUAGAUUUGAAUGAAUUCAAAUGGAGAUCUUUCAGUUUUCACUUUCAGAAGAACAGUGAGCAAACCGGGGAAAAUUCAACUCCGUGUUUUGGUUUGGGCAAUCCAACGUCUCCCGUCCGAUCCACCAACCGUCCCGUCCAUCUCGCCGGCGGCCGGUCAAACAACAAACCAAAUAAACAAUAAACAACAAAACGAAACAAGAAAACAGGGUACCAGUUGGCGCCGCGCAAUUCCCCCCACUCCCUCUCGCCACAGGGGAGAAAAAACGCGUAUUCUCCUCCUUCGCCACAGCCCGUAUUCUACUCCUCUCAAUCAUCGCCACCCGCCGCCAUUAUCUCUAGUUUCUCUGCUCUAUAAAUUGGAUUGAGAAUCGUAGCCGGCGCCUAUCCUCUCCUUACCCAUUUCCCCAUCCCCUGUUUCUAUCUUUAACCCUUUUUUGAGUUUUUUUUCCCCUCUCACUCUGUUUUUCUCGUCCGCGAAAUUUUUUUGACUUUGGAAGUAGCUUGCGCUGUAUUCCACUAUAUAUUUAAUCGUUGUCAAUCCAUUUUGGGAUCCGUCUCUUGGUGGGUCUCUCUCUCUCCUGGGAGGAGAAUCGGGCGAUCUCUGAGCUCCAGUUCCCAGCUGGUCAAGGGGAGGGGGAAAAGAUGGCAGAGACUCAACCAAACAAACCCUUGAUCCAGCCAUCAUCGACUCGAAAGCUCCCAGAUUUCAAGAAAUCGGUGAAGCUGAAAUACGUGAAGCUCGGUUACCACUACCUCAUCACUCAUGGCAUGUACCUCUGCCUUUCGCCACUAGUAGUCAUUCUCACAGCUCAGCUCUCGACUUUCUCCUUCGAAGAUCUCCACGACUUGUGGGAACAUCUCCAGUACAAUCUCAUCUCCGUGAUUGUGUGCUCAACCCUGAUGGUCUUCCUCUUCACGCUCUACUUCAUGACACGCCCUCGACCAGUCUACCUCGUCAACUUCUCGUGUUACAAGCCGGAUGAAUCGCGCCAAUGCACCAAGAAGAUCUUCAUGGAUCGAUCUCGUUUGGCCGGAUCGUUCACCGAGGAGAGCCUCGAGUUCCAGAAGAAGAUCCUGGAACGAUCUGGGUUAGGAGACAACACUUAUCUCCCAGAUGCUGUCCUGACAGUCCCUCCAAAUCCGUCCAUGCAGGAAGCGAGGAAAGAAGCCGAGGCGGUGAUGUAUGGAGCUAUUGAUGAGCUUCUCGCGAAGACUUCGGUUAAUCCGAAAGAUAUCGGGGUUUUGAUCGUGAAUUGCAGCUUGUUUAACCCUACACCGUCGCUAUCAGCAAUGGUGAUCAACCAUUACAAGCUUCGUGGUAACAUUGUGAGCUACAAUCUUGGUGGGAUGGGAUGCAGUGCUGGUCUGAUCUCCAUAGCUCUUGCUCAAGAUCUUCUCCAGGUCCAUCCCAAUUCCUAUGCUUUGGUCAUAAGCAUGGAGAACAUCACCUUGAAUUGGUACUUUGGGAAUGAUAGAUCGAAGCUUGUUUCGAACUGCUUGUUUAGAAUGGGAGGUGCUGCGAUUUUGCUCUCCAACAAGAGAUCCGAUAAGAGGAGGUCCAAGUAUGAGUUAGUUCAUACAGUUCGCACUCAUAAAGGUUCUGAUGAUAAAUGCUUCUCGUGUGUCACUCAAGAAGAGGAUGCUAACGGGAAAGUCGGUGUAACUCUGUCCAAAGAUCUUAUGGCAGUGGCAGGGGAUGCAUUGAAGACUAAUAUUACUACUUUGGGACCUCUCGUGCUUCCAAUGUCGGAACAGCUUCUGUUCUUUGGUACAUUGGUAGGGAAGAAGGUUCUGAAGAUGAAGAUUAAGCCAUACAUUCCUGAUUUCAAGCUGGCAUUCGAGCAUUUCUGCAUCCAUGCUGGUGGGAGAGCGGUGCUGGACGAGUUGGAGAAGAACUUGCACUUAUCCGAUUGGCACAUGGAGCCAUCGAGAAUGACUCUGUACCGCUUCGGUAACACCUCGAGCAGCUCGCUGUGGUAUGAGCUGGCUUAUUCAGAAUCUAAAGGAAGGAUUCGGAAGGGAGACAGGACAUGGCAGAUCGCAUUUGGUUCGGGUUUCAAGUGCAACAGUGCUGUGUGGAAGGCUUUGAGGACUAUUAACCCUGCAAAGGAGAAGAACCCAUGGAUGGAUGAGAUCGAUAACUUCCCGGUCGAUGUUCCUAAGGUGUCAACAAUUGGUUAGGGAUUUAGGAUCCAGACUAAUGUGAUUUAACAUUCUUGGAGGGGAGAUGAGGAGGUUGAGUUGAGCGACUGUAUUGAUUUUAAGGGGCGUUAUUCGUUUGGCACAUUCAGGCUUAAGACUGGCUAACUACAUGGCCAUGAGUAGCUGAGUCUAGAGUCCUGAUUGACAUGUUGGUCUUUUUUGAGGAUCUGUAACUUGGCUUCAUUUGUUGGGAUUCCCACUUGGCUUCUACUUUGGUUUCAACUUGAAUCAAUGAUGAUCUUUGUUUUCUCAAAAUCAUGCUCUGCUAAUUAGUAGCUAAUUCAAGUUUCAAUGCCUGCUCAAAGCACUCUUAAUGGAUUGGAUUCGAUUUGUCUGAAUCGUUACCCAUUCAGAAAACAGAAACAGAACAGUGGCUUCACCACUGGACCAAUAAAUGAACAUACCUCGUAUUGUCGUACAUUCUAAUGGUAAUAGCAGCAACAAUUGGAACCUCGAAGAAUUAAAUCAUCAUCUCACUAAGCAAAUGAGAAACGGGGCAAACUGAAUUAGCUUAAAAGUAACAAUGAUCCAGCAGCAACCAAAUCAACCUAACAAGAUACAGAAGUCUGACAUUUUCCAUGACUAACUCUCUAAACAUCAGAAGACAAUCUCAGGUGUGUUAGCAAGCAGGAAACCUGCUGCUUCUACAGAAGUUCUCUAUUCUUUGGACGAUUUGUUGAUGAGGGACUUGUGGAUGUGAGGAAUGACUCCACCGCCAGCAAUGGUGCCCUUGAUUAGGGUAUCGAGCUCUUCAUCACCACGGAUUGCUAGCUGCAAGUGCCUUGGAGUUAUACGUUUCACCUUCAGAUCUUUGCUUGCGUUCCCAGCCAAUUCCAGUACUUCUGCAGUCAGAUACUCGAGAAUAGCAGCGGAAUAGACAGCAGCUGUAGCUCCAACCCUCCCGUGAGCUGUUGUCCUUAGUUUCAGGAGGCGAUGGAUGCGACCCACUGGAAACUGCAAGUUAUCCAACAAGGCAAAAUUGAGAACCAUUGAAGCCCAAUUUCUCACAUUUCAAUCAAUUAAGGCAAGUAAUAGACACAGGACACAUAACAGACAAAAAAACUAUCCUGAAAAACAUGCAGUGGCAAGUGAACAAUGAGGGCGCUAUAAAACGAAAUGAGUCGCAAAGCCUACGAUUUAACAGAACAAGCACCGGAAAACUGCCUCGGGUUACUUUAAGAAAUUCGACCUAAAUAGACUCACACAACACGGCUAGUUCACACUUUCUCAGUGUUCCCCCGCGUAUGGCAUUCGCAUAUCAAGGUC